AUGAAAAAUAAUGUAUUGAAAUCGUUAUUUACGAAUAUUUUUUCAAACAGAAAAUUAAUAAACGAAAAUUUAAAUAAAAAAAUUGUCGUACUUACCGGAUGUGAUACUGGAUUAGGAUAUUCUCUAUCGAUAAAAUGUAAAGAAUUAGGUUUAAAUGUUGUUUCUUGUUGUUUAAAUAAUGAAAGCGAAGGUGCAAAACGUUUGGCUAACGACGACUGCCAUGUUAUACGUCUCGAUCUCAUCGAUACGAAUACGAUUAACGAAUUGAAAAAUAAAAUUUUACAUUUAUUAAAUGAUAAUAACGAUAAUGAAUUACAUGCAGUCGUUAAUAAUGCCGGCGUUAUGAUUUUUGGAGAAUAUGAAUGGCUAACGGAAAAGCAAAUAAUUCAACAGGUUGAAGUUAAUUUGCUCGGUACCUUUCGGAUAGCAAAAAUUUUUUUACCGUUAUUAAGAAAAAAUAAAGGACGAUUAAUAAACGUAACGAGUCAUUGUGCCAUAACAAAUUUACCAAAUUUAUCAGUUUACGGUGCAACAAAAGCCGGAAUACAAAGUUGGUCACACGGUUUACGAAUCGAACAAAAAAAAUAUGGAGUACACAUAAUUAAUUUCAUUCCAGGUUCUUUUCCACUUCAAAGUAACAUAAUGUCACGUCAAAAAUUAUAUUUUAAAGAAAUGCAAGAAUCAUUUUCUCAUUGUGAUAAAAAAUUUCAUCAAUCUUAUUUUAAUUCAUUCACUUCUUAUUUGAAUAAUGUAUUCGUUGAAAAAAAACCGUUAAAACCGUUAGAAGAUGAUGUUCUCUACGGUAAAUUUUUUCAUGCUUUAUUAAAUAAAAAUCCAAAAUUUAUAUACAAACAUGAACCCUGGAGAUAUUUUUUUUAUUAUAAUUCUUUUCGUUUAACUCCCCUGCCAAUAAGAGAUUAUUUAAUUGAAAAAUUUUUAAAAUUCCCUAAAUUCAAAUCAAAUUAA